CUCUCUCCCCUCCCCUCCCCUCGUGUGACUGAGAAUGCCCGUGUUGAAUUGACAGAGACGAUACGGGCUUAGCAGACAUGGAGGCCCGAUUAAUGACCGAGGCCCAUUACGACACGUCUCGGCUCAGCUAACGUUGUGUUGGAGAAGAGUCCAUUCGUGUUUGGAGAUAUCAAGGAUACCAAUUGCUGUGAGGAGAAAAAAAAACAGGGCGAGGGACAAGAAAUAGAGAGAGAUCCAUUUCGGAGCUAUGUUGAUUCAACGCAGCCGCCAUUUUGUUGACAGUUCGUCUUUUUUGAAUAAGGCUGCCUCUAUUUUAUUUAAAUAUCUGCUUCCUUAAAUGUUGCUAUUGCAUUUGUCUCUACGCCUUCGACGGAAGAGUAUUCUAAGGCAUGGCUGUACUAGCUGACUCGCUAGCUUGCCUGCUAAAUAAUAUUGCAUCGUUAGCCGUCAUAGUUUAGCUUUAGCUACAAAGCUAGCACGAGUCGCUACGCGAAAAUGACAGGUUAUUUGGUUUAGUUUGUAUUAGUUUAUUUGUGAACAGUCUGCGUUUAUUUGCAUAAUAUCAACUUAUUUAAAACUGCCAGACGGAUACAUUUCCCACAAGUACGGCCACUUUGCUGGAAAUGUAAGUUAUCCCAGCAAGGUAGCCCAGAUGAUGGCUUGCUAGCGAGCACCAUUGAUACAAUGUAACAUAGGUUGUUAUUGGACGACCCAUAUAGCUUGUUACAAAAUCAACACUGUCCUCCUAUGAAUUAAUACAUUGUAAAUAGUCGCUACUGCCCGGCGAUAUUUUGUUGCCUCGUUCCAAAAAUGGUCAUUCUAGAAUUGGCAACAAUGUAAUAAUUUACUUCCUUUUGGCGUAUUGUCUAACUUUAUGUUUUUCGUUAUAUUUCUCUCGUAAGCAAUAUUACCGUGUUAGGACGUCGGUUUGGGGUCACUGCGAAACAAUAACGUUAAUUAGAAUAUGAAUGAACAGUUUAGCAAUAGCUGACCACUUUGCUUAUUACAGCAGUACUAUUAUCAAGUCAAAUAGUCAGUUGAUUCAAAUGAGUUCUAAAUCGGUACAUUUUUGGGACAUGUCAGAAUUCGUAAUUGAUCUCCCAAAAUCGGAAUGGAUGUAUAAUUUUGAAAUUUCUCUAAUCUUUGCGGUUUUUGCAAAUCAGCAGUGGGGCAUAUACUGUGGCGACCAUGUUGAUACGCACGAAGGGGGGAUUUCGAUCCACAUAAUGUGAACACAUUUUUUGGACUCCUACGGAGGUAGCUUUCUCCUGGCAUCUGCUAGAUGGUGAAGCGUGAUUCAUCACUCCAGAGAACACGUUUCCACUGCUCCAGAAUCUCAAUAGCGCUUGAAGGACGGAGAAAGAGGGCUGGGCAGCCAGGAGGGGAGAAAAGACACCGAGCAAGGAUUGCUUUUUAGCUUCCCCAAUAUCCCCCUUCACCCCUAUCCCGUCUCUUCCUGGACCGCUGCCUUUUCCUAGAAAACUGUACCUGCUGUCCGAAACAUCCCUCCCUAGUCACCCCUCACCCCCUAAAUCUCUGAUGGAUCAGAGGACUCAGGGGGGGCCUGCUACUCCACCCCCCCUCUCCAUCACUGCUCCCCAAGGGGAGCGAGAGAAGGCAGGAGGGGGUGGGAAGAAAGACAUGGAGGAGAAAGAGGCAUCGCAGAAAGACUCCUCUUCUGCUGCAGGUGGAGGAGGGGGCUCCAGUGACCAGCAGCAGUCACCCCAGUUCUCUGUCAAAGAGACUAGCCUCCAUGAGGGCAACGUCAAACUCAAGAUUGGCCUGCAGGCCAAACGCAUGAAGAAGCCGCCCAAGAUCCUGGAGAACUACGUGUGUCGGCCGGCUUUCAGGGCCACUGUGAGACCCAGCGGGCGCGGAGGGGGCCGCGGGAGCCGCGUAGGAGUCGGAGCAGGCGACGGGGUCAACCAGACCCAGAGCCCAACACAUGGCAGGGAGAGAGAGCAGAGUCCUGGCAUUAAACGACCCACCCCACCGUCUUCGUCUCCCUCUGCUGUUGCUGCCCCCACUCCUCCUCCACCUGUUUCUUCGCCUUCCACCACUUCACCCAGUCGAGUGAAUGGGAGUACUCUAGCUAAACGGGGUCCUCCAAAGCUGGCCUGCAAGUCAGACAAGUCGGAGGCGAAGUCGGACGGGAAAUCCGCCAUCUCGACGGAGAGACCCCUGAAUCUUCACCGCCCUUUUGCAGAUGGAAAAACGCACCACGCCUCUGGGAAGAAGAUGCCCAUGCCCCAAACCAAGUCUCCGACCUCCUCCCCCUUCCCUCCUGCGCCCCCAUCACAGGAACCCAGCGUGGAAGGCGUUACCAAUCCCCCUGGGUACAUUUACAGCAGUGCGGGUCUGGAAGAGAAGGACCGGAGCAUUCCUAGUUGGGGGGCUCCUACUGUCACUGAGAAACUAGCGCAACUCAUCGCCACCUGCCCUCCCUCAAAGGCCACCAAGGUGAAACCCCCCAAAACGACUCCCUCUCCCACCACCCACACUACUUCUAACUUUAUGGCCCCCACCCAAAAGCAGCGAGACCGCGCUAUGGUCAACAGGGCGACCUAUUCUAGAGCGGUCCACCUAGCUCCACCCCCUCCUGUCUCUCGCCCUCCUGGCCGCCCCUAUGGCUCCAGGAACAAUAAAGACUGUGUUUCGGAGAAGUCACCCACCCCACCUGGGAAAGAGGAGGCAGAUGGAGCCGGCAAGUCUGGCAGCAGUAACAACAGCAACAGCAGUCGCAGCAGCAGCCCUGUGCUAACAUACGCCUGCGGCAACAGCCGCCUGGCAACAACUUCAAAGGACAACAACAGCAACAGUAAAGGUGCGAAGCCUCCACAGUCCCGUCUCACUCACUGCCCACCACCCCACUCCGCCUCCUCCUCUUCCUCCUCCUCACCCUCUUGUUUGUCAUCUUGCUCCUCAUCAGAGAAGAGGACAGGGAGCCUGUCAUGUCGCCAGGGCUCCCAAGCCUCUCAAGGACACCACUCCAGAGACCAAGAAAGUCCCUCCCAGGCAGAGGAGAGGGACAGCAGUGAGAGGGACAGCAGUGAGAGGGACAGCAGUGAGAGGGACAGCAGUGAGAGGGACAGCAGUGAGAGGGACAGCAGUGAGCGUGACCGGCACGACCCCAGAGACUUAUCCAAAUGCCCCCCUCCUUCAGCACCCAGCAAACAGGAGUCCAAGACUAAGGGGGCUAAUCAGUCACUCAGAGGGGAGAGAAGCAAGAGCUUGAGCCCCAGUAAACGCAGUCCCAACCCCAGUAAACGCAGUCCCAACCCCAGUAAACGCAGUCCCAACCCCAGUAAACGCAGUCCCAACAGGGAAAGGGACGGUCGCACCCGGUGCAUCUUCAGUCCUCUGGAGACUGUGAGAUGGACUGCCUCACCGCCAGAGCCUGCCGGCGACCGUUCACCCCCUCCUCUCAGAGACGAGUCCCCUGGAGAAGAGUCACCGGGCUCGCCUCCAGGGCAGGACAACAAACCCCUGAAGAAGCGGCGAGGCAGAAAGCCCCGCUGGACCAGAAUAGUGAACCGGUCACAGAGGGCGGGCCAGGGCAGCCCAGUUGACCAGCGCGAAACCAUUGUGCCUUUAUCCUCAGGCCUUGAUACUCCCCCACCUAUACGCAGGCCUGUAGGACGGCCUCCUAACCCUAAUAAGGUCAAGCCUUCCGCCUUGUCUCAACUCUUUCCACAGCCAGCCAGGAAAAGGGGACGGCCCAAGUCUAAAAUGCCCAGGCUGGACGCCCCCACUCGGGGACGUCCCACACACAAACUGGUCCCAUCCAAGGUCUUUUCUUUACACAAGUCGAAAGAGGAGCAGGACCCCCCUGUUCUCCACCCGGAGGUGGACCUAAAUCCUCCCAAACCUAUGCCGAGGAAGCGGGGGCGACCCAAACGCCUGCCCCCCACCUUGCCGCAGGAGGGUCAGCCCCCCACUCUGGCACUGGAAGGGGGAGAUGGGAAGCAGUUCCGGACCAAGGGCAACGGGCAGCUCAUCAUGAAAACCAUCAUAGGCAAGAUCAAUAAGAUGAAGAGUGUGAAACGCAAACGGUUCCUCAGCCAGAUCCUAUUGGGACCAGGGUCUGGACCAGAGCAGGAGCCCCCCAGAGGAACUGCCAGUGGGGUGGUGGGCCAGGUCGCAGCUGCAACCCAGUCUCUAUCCUCCUUGGCUGCUUCUUUCGGUGGCAAACUGGGACCCCAGAUCAACGUAAGCAAAAAGGGGACAGUAUACAUGGGGAAAAGGAGAGGGCGCAAACCUAAAGCAUCAACAAGCCCCUCAUUGGCAGCUUCAACACCACCCCCGGAGGGGCCUUUCCUGUCCCCAAACACCACAUCGCCCCUCCACCACAAUCAGUCCCAGUCGCAGCAGCACCAUCUCCCCACUGCUGAGGUUUUCCCCUCCCCCUCGCUCUCCCAGUCCAGUGGAGGCCAGAGCCCCAUCAGUGACGCCUGCUUUGUGGAGCCAGGGGCAGUGCACUUCCUGACACACCCACACUUCCACUCCCACCACGUCCACCACUCGUUCCCCUUCCCUCCCCCGACGUUCUCAGCCCCCUCCCCUCGCACUCUGGGCUCCUCGGCUGCCGUGGCCUCCCAGAAGAAGUCGUGCCGUGGCUACCAUCACCACCACCACCAUUACAGGCAGCACUACCACUACCGUAAGCUAUCCCCUCCCAGGCCUCUCCACCCAACAUCCCCUGCACCUCUGAGUGAACUGAAGGAAGCCACCCCCUCGCCCGUCAGUGAGUCUCAUAGCGAGGAGACUGUACCCAGUGACAGCGGCAUAGGAACAGACAACAACAGCACUUCUGACCGGGGAGAGAAGGCCUGCGGCGUGGGGAUGCCACCUGGGAUGGCCAAUGGGCUGCUAUUGCCAGGGGUGAUGGGCUCAGCUGUGGGGGUAGGAGUUGGGCUGAUCCCUCAUGGUGGACUAAGACACUCGUCCUCAGUGCUGCUGGAGCACCCCUCAUCCUCUCCGUCACCGCUGGGGGUGAGAUCCUCACCCGACCCCCGCAGGCCCCACCCGGCAGCCCCUCCCUCCACACCAGUGGGCCACAAAGAGAAACACAAGCACAAAUGCAAGCGCCGGAGCCACGGCUGCCCAGGCUACGACAAACUAAAGAGGCAGAAGCGCAAACGCAAGAAGAAGUACCUGCAGCUGCGCUCCCGGCGCCAGGACCCCGACUUCCUGGCCGAGCUGGAUGAGAUUGUGUUGAGGCUGAGUGAGAUCCGGAUAGCGCACCGCACCCCGGCUCACAGACUGGGCAGUGGGCUGGGAAUGCCCCUGGGAGCUGAAGGAGCGAGCAGAGUACCAGGGUCGGGUGGCAGGGCCGCUGGGACCAUGGGAGGUGCUGGUGGCCCCCCUCCACAUCACUACCUGCACAGAGACCUGCUCCCCACAAUCUUCAGGAUCAACUUCAGCGGCUACUACUCCCCCCACCCCUCAUACCCCUGUGACUCUCUGCACUACGUCCGCAAGCCAGACCUGAAGAAGAAACGCGGGCGCCCUCCAAAGCUGCGGGAGUCAUUGUCAGACGUACCUUUUGUUCAUGGGCUGGGGUUCCCGCUAUCUAGCGGCGGGUUCUACCACCCAUCCUACAGUGUUCCCUACUCCUCUGGUCCCCUUGGUCUGGGUUACUACAGAGGAUACCCCCCAGCCAGCGCCCUGUACCCCCAUCACCAGAACCCCCUUUCUGCCCCAUCCCACCACUCCCAUCAUUCCCCCUCCUUCCACCCAGCGCCUCCCCCUUCCUACGUGCACCACCACCACCCGUCACACCUCCUGCUCAACCCCUCCAAAUUUCACAAAAAGAAACACAAGCUGCUGAGGCAGGAGUUCCUGGGUGCGGGCCGGUCUCCCGUACUCUACCCUACUAUGUCCUCAGAGCUGUCGUUCGGCUGGCAUCACAAACACAAACACAGGCACAAACACAGAGAGCGCUGUGCUGAGGAGGACGGGGAAGAGGGAGGAGGAGGGAGCCGAGGUGGAGUGGGAAUGACCGAGAGCCCGGGAUCGGGAAGAGGAGAACGCGGAGCCAGUGGCGCUGGAAUGGCCGAAUCUCUGCAGCGCUGCCGCUUCGGAAGAGACUCCACCCCUACUACCACCAGUGCCAACAACCAGGCCGCGGCCAACUCCCCUUCCUCGUCCUCCUCUUCCUCAGCCGAGAGGUACAAGCGCAAGGAGACAUCCCUGUCUUGCCUUGGGCCCUCUCGCCUGACCCAGGGCAGUGCUGGGCCCCGGGGCCACCACCCCGUAGAGUCCUGGUUCAGGAUGGGAAGCUCGGAGGCAGACUACGCUAAGCUCUCCCGGAUCCCUGCGGGGGCCGACCAGGGUCCGUUCACAGAAGGGCAGGGAGAAGACCAGGCGGGCUGCUCAGACAGUGAGGAGGAAGACGAGGAGCCCCUCACGCCCACAGAUGAGAUGGACCCCAACUCCCAGGACCCCCCGCACCACACCAACCUGUUCGCCACCGCCCUGACCAGCACAUCGCUGAGGGGAGUCGGAGGCAGGAAGGGAGUGGCAGUGGAGAGUGCGAACUUCUCCCGGAUGGAGCUGAUGCUGAAAAAGGACCACUCCACGUCAGCGGAGAGGAGAGAGUUGGGCAAUACAUCAGUUGUCCAGAACCGAGGUGACCACUCUGCCCCUGAGGACCACCUCAUGCAGCACCACAACCACCACCCUCUGUUCCACUCCCUUUCUUCCUCCUCCGCCUGCCUCUCCCACUGCGGCCACGACUCACCCUCUCAGGGCUGCUGCCUGGACAAUGAUGCCUCCCCGCAGCACCACUCCCACCGGGCCCAGCCCUCCAAACACAGCCUGCACCACGUCAACAAGAUCCUCCGCGCCAAGAAGCUCCAGAGACAGGCGAGGACAGGCAACAACGUGGUCAAGAAGAGGGGCCCCGGGCGCCCCAGGAAGCAUCCCCUGCCCUCCCCGCCUACAUCGCCGCCCCUUCCGGCUGAAGUGACCCAGACCAGGCACCGGGACCGAGGAGGAGGGUCAGGGGGAGGAGCGUGUAAAGAGGACACGGUGACAGACGCGAUCGAGUCGGUGGUCCAGGGCCAGCGCAGGAAAGGCCAGAAGAGGAAACCCUGGGAGAGAGAUGGGGAGGAAGAGGGGGAGGAAGGGGAGGGUGAGGAGGUAGCGGAGGGCGAGAAGGUGGAGGAACGAGCGCUGGACAGGGAGGUGAACCUGGGAGGCCUGGGGAUGAGGUCCAGAGCUGGGGGAGGAAGAGGCUGGCUCACCCAAGAGGAGCUGCAGCGCUUUCGCAGUGCUCUGGAGGGGAAACCAGAUGGCCCCUCCUCCCCGGAACCUCCGGGCACCGUCUCCAUGGAACAAGCUCCACCCAUUCCUAUAACCAGCCUACGGGAGAAGAGGGCAGCCAGGCCUCCAAAGAAGAAGUACCAAAAAGCUGGGCUCUACUCUGAUGUGUACAAGACUGCGGAUCCUCGCAGUCAGAUCCUGCAACUGAAGAAAGAGAAACUGGAGUACACACCUGGGGAACACGAGUACGGGCUUUUUCCUGCCCCCAUCCAUGUCGGAAAGUACCUAAGACAGAAGCGCAUUGAUUUCCAGUUGCCUUACGACAUCUUGUGGCUGUGGAAACAUGACCAGCUCUACGAGAAGCCUGACGUCCCCCUUUAUAAAAAGAUCAGAUCAAACGUCUAUGUGGAUGUGAAGCCUGUCUCGGGUUAUGAAGCCACCACCUGUAACUGCAGGCCUUCCGGGGAAGCCGUAGACAGAAGCUGCCUUGACGAAUGCCUCAACAGGAUGAGCUUUGCCGAGUGCUCUCCCGGCACCUGUCCCUGCGGGGAGCAGUGUGACAACCAGCACAUCCAGAGGCAUGAGUGGGUGCAGUGCCUGGAGCGCUUCCGUGCCGAGGGCAAGGGUUGGGGCAUUCGCACCAAGGAGCCCCUCCGCUCAGGCCAGUUCAUCAUCGAGUACCUGGGAGAGGUCGUCAGCGAGCACGAGUUCAGAAGUCGCAUGAUGGAGCAGUACUUCGCCCACAGCGGCCAAUACUGUCUGAACCUGGACAGCGGCAUGGUGAUCGACAGCUACCGGAUGGGCAACGAGGCCCGCUUCAUCAACCACAGCUGUGAACCCAACUGUGAGAUGCAGAAGUGGUCGGUGAAUGGGGUGUACAGGAUCGGCCUCUUCGCCCUCAGGGACAUGAGCAGCGGCACGGAGCUCACCUACGACUACAACUUCCACUCCUUCAACACCGAAGAGCAGCAAGUGUGUAAGUGUGGCUCUGAGGGCUGCCGGGGUAUCAUUGGAGGGAAGAGUCAGCGACUCAACGGGAUGCCUGGGAAGACGGGCGGGGCACGGCGACUGGGUCGACUCAAGGAGAAACGCAAGUCCAAGCACCAGCUGAAAAAACGAGAGGAGGAAUCAAGUGACAGCAGCAAGUUUUAUCCCCACCUUCUCAUGAAACCCAUGUCCAAUAGAGAGAGAAACUUUGUGCUGAAACAUCGGGUGUUCCUGCUCAGGAACUGGGAGAAGAUGAGGGAGAAGCAGGAGCUGCUGAAAAGGGAGGGCGAGAGGGAGGCCAGCGGCGGCCUGUCCAUCUACACACGCUGGGGAGGAGUCAUCCGCGACGAUGGAAACAUCAAGUCAGACGUGUUCCUGACACAGUUCUCGGCGCUGCAGACGUCCCGGUCGGUGCGUACGCGGAGGCUGGCGGCAGCCGAGGAGAACACGGAGGUCACCCGCACCGCCCGCCUGGCACACAUCUUCAAAGAGAUCUGUGACAUGAUCACCAGCUACAAGGACUCAGCUGGUCAGACCCUUGCUGCUCCGCUGGUCAACCUACCUUCAAGAAAGCGGAACACGCAGUACUAUGAGAAGGUGUCCGACCCGCUGGACCUGAGCACCAUUGAGAAGCAGAUCACCACAGGGCACUACAAGACUGUGGAGGCCUUUGACACCGACAUGCUCAAAGUGUUCCGCAACGCAGAGAAAUACUACGGGCGGAAAUCGUCGGUUGGGAGGGAUGUGUGCCGGCUGAGGAAGGCCUACUACGGAGCUCGCCACGAGGCUGCCGUCCAGAUCGACGAGAUCGUUGGGGAGACGGCCAGUGAAGCGGACAGCUCGGAUUCGCUGGAGCGAGACCACGCCCAUCACCACCACGGAGGGGGCUGGCCGGGCUCCCACGACAAGGACGAUGACAUCAUCCGCUGCAUCUGCGGCAUGUACAAAGACGAGGGCCUGAUGAUCCAGUGUGAGAAGUGCAUGGUAUGGCAGCACUUUGACUGCAUGCGGCUUGAGGCGGAGGUGGAACACUACCUGUGUGAUCAGUGCGACCCCCGACCUGUGGACAGGGAGGUGCCAAUGCUGCCCCAGCCCAGCUACGCCCAGUCUGGCUCCAUCUACCACAUUUGUUUACUGCGAGACGAACUGCUGCUGCACCAAGGUGACUGUGUGUACCUGAUGAGGGACAGCAGACGCACCCCAGAAGGCCAGCCAGUCAGGCAGUCCUACCGCCUCCUGUCCCAUGUCAACAGGGACAAGCUGGACAUCUUCCGCAUCGAGAAACUCUGGAAGAGCGAAAAGGGUGAGAGGUUUGCCUUUGGCCACCAUUACUUCAGGCCCCAUGAGACACACCACUCGCCCUCGCGCCGCUUCUACCACAACGAGUUGUUCCGCGUGCCGCUCUACGAGAUCAUCCCACUGGAGGCCGUGGUCGGGACCUGCUGUGUCCUCGACCACUACACUUACUGCAAGGGACGGCCAAAGGGAGUGAAGGAGCAGGAUGUGUACAUCUGCGACUACCGCCUGGACAAGUCAGCGCACCUCUUCUACAAGAUCCACCGCAACCGCUUCCCCGUGUGCACUAAGCCCUACGCCUUCAACCACUUCCCCAAGAGGCUGGCCCCCAAGAGAGACUUCUCGCCGCACUACGUUCCCGACAACUACAAGAGGAACGGGGGGCGUUCGGCCUGGAAGAGCGAGCGGCCCAAAGGAGUUGGAGGAGCCUGUGAGGACGAUGCUUCCCCAUGCGACCAGGGUGACAACUUCCGUUCGGAGAGUGAAAACAGAAGAGGGGUGGAGGGAGACAUGGAUGCUGCCCAAGAAGAAACCACACUCCCUGCGGCAGCCCAACCCCCGCAACCAGUUGGGCCAGGGGAGGGAGAAGAAGAAGACGGGGGGCAGGAGGUAGAGGAGCAUAGGGAGCUGGAGGAAGGUGCAGCACAGAGAGGAGUUGACAUGCUGGAUCUCCUCCCUUCCAUCUCUUCCUCACCCCUCCAUCACUCUGGACUUGGCAGGAGGGAGGCACAAAGGGAUCGGCUAAACAAGAUUCUGCUGGAUCUGCUACACAGAACACCCAAUAAGAAUGCCAUAGAUGUCACUUAUCUUCUAGAGGAGGGGUCAGGGCGGCGAUUACGUAGAAGGACGCUUGGAUUUGGAGACUUUGUGGGUAGAAAAUGAUGUUGCCACUUACCUGGCAAGCACAUUCCCCUUUCAUUCACUUGGGAGAGGUGGGGGUGAAAUGGAAAACAUGGUAAGGGAAGAUGACAUUUGCAAAGAGAAAGUGACCACAAAGGGCAAGGGUUGGUACCCUUCCCGGGCGUGUCUCCUCUUCCCCAACCUGUCAUCUCAAGUGAUGAGACAACCCAAUGACAACCCAACGGUUUGAAGCAGUGCCCUCAACUGUUGUGGUCAAUGGUAACGGUUUUGUUGGUGACACAAGGACUUCUUCUCAGGAGGGUGGACCCAGACUUAUUGAAGUACGAUGCAAAUGCAUUUUUUUUACGUAGGAAAAAGUACCCCAUGCACUUAAAAAUGCGCAUUGAACAAAUGUUAAUCAAAGACAGCCCUGGUUACUCAGGGCAAAGAGACUAUUACAUAGGCUUCACAUUAUCUAUACACAUGGCUCAUCAGUGAAACCUUGAGUCAAUUAUUUUUAGUGUGCAAAAGAAAGGAACAUGUGGUACUGAACAUGGCUGUGGCAUAGUCAUAGACUCAAAUAUACUUUUUUUUUUAACGACAUCAAAUGGGAAUGAGGAGGCUGGAAACCUGCGCCCCCAGUGGGACUAGGUGGUAAUGAAACUAAACAUAGGCCACGAGACCUAAAUGUACGAGGAUAAGAGGCAUAGGAGGCUAUGCAGUGGACUGUAUGAGCAACUUGUAAACAUACACUGUUGACGAUGAACUAGGAGAGAAGCUGCAGGAACGAGGUUGGUCAACUGCACUUUGGUACCAUGGAUAUGGUUGGCUCUCUAAUGUAUCAACGAGACACACUAACACUCACAUGUUAUUGGAUGAUGCAGUCUGAAAACACAAGUUAAUAAUAAGUAUUUCUUUUUCUUUCAUACUGUAGUAAUUCAUUAGGAACAGAGAAGGAAGGACGGGAUUGUGUUUGUAGAGAAUAGCUGGUGGUCUUUGGAAAGAUAUAAUGUGCGCUUUUGGUCAGUCUAGUGUCUUGUCCGCUUUGCCCCUCUUUCUGAAGUACCUGAUUCACCAGCUUAAUGAAGUCAGGCGGCGGGAACACUGACUCUUACUGUAACGCCUUAGAACGCCGUGGUCCCUGACUGCCUUGCGUGAGUGUAUGCACAUUUGUGUGUCUAAUCUGCCAGAAUUCUUGAAGAGAAAAAAUUAAGGGCUUGAUGGCAAUUAACAUUUUAUGGGAAAUUGUGGAAACCAUAGGUAACGUAAAAUGUAUUGUGACGGUCAUAUUUUCUUAUAUUCUAUGAAAAGGGGUAUGUGUUGGGAGGGAAGGGAUUCUAGCUGUAAAUGUUUUCUUCAAAUGUGUUUCUGGUUGCCAUGGAGAAUAUUUUAAAUCAUUUGUGAGAUUUGAUGAGAUUUAUUUUUUCCAAAUGCUUCUGUUUAAAAUGAAACUUAGAUCGAGAUGUCCCAUCAAGAUGGACUGGCUUAGAGAUGAAGAGAGUAAGAAAACAGACGGAAAGAGGACAAAGUUGUACAGUGCCAAGUUAUGUAUAUACAGACUGGGAUAAUGUGAGAAGUGUCUCCAAAAGCAAUAUCUUGAUAACGGAUUUCGUGUAUUGUACAGGACUCAGCCCCAUAUGUAUUAUUAUUAUUAUUUCUGCCAUUUGUAUUACUAUAAUCAAGACACUUAAGCUUGGGAGAGGUGUUUUUAUUCAGUAAAACGUACAACUGUCCUAAUUGAAUGACAUGAACUUAAACAGAAUUUUUGUUGCCUAAAAAUUAAACUGAACAAAAAUAUAAAUGCAACAUGCAACAAUUUAAAAGAUGUUACUGAGUUACAGUUCAUAUAAGGAAAUCGGUCAAUUGAAAUAAAUUCAUUAGGCCCCAAUCUAUGGAUUUCACCGAUAUGCAACUCUUGGUAACAGAUAACGUGAAAAUCCUUAGGCCCAUUUUUUAAGGGCAUCUUUGUGCAUUCAAAUUACCAUAGACAAAAUGCAAUUGUGUUCGUUGACAUCAGAAAACUGCUCACCCACACGACGCCAUACACGUGGUCAGCAGUUGUAAGGCUCGACUGGAUAUACUGCUAAAUUCUUUAAAACAAUGUUGGAGGCGGCUUAUGUUAGAGAAAUGAACAUUACAUUUUCUGACAACAGUUCUGGUGGACAUUCCUGCAGUCACUAUGCCAAUUGCACGCUCUCUGAACUUCACACCUCUGUGGCAUUGUGUUGUGACAAAACUGCACAUUUUAGUGGCCUUUCAUUGUCCCCAGCACAAGGUGCACCUGUGUAAUGAUCAUGCUGUUUAAUAAGCUACUUGAUAUUCCACACUUGUCAGGUGGAAGAAUUAUCUUGGUCAAGGAGUAAUGCUCACUAACAGGGAUGUGAACAAAUUUGUGCACAAUGAGAGAAAUAAGCUUUUUAUGCAUAUGGAAAAUCUCUGGGAUCUUUUAGUUCUGCUCAUGAAACAUGGGACCAACCCAUUACAUGUUGCAUUUAUAUUUUUGUUCAGUGUGAGAAGAAUGUCAAACGAACUUCAUAUAAAGCAUUGGGACAUAACAGUGACUCUGAAAUUACAUCUGUCGCUGUAAUAUUACUUUUGAGGAGAAAAUAUGCUCCUUGUUUUUGCUGCAAAGUGUUGAACACUAAAAAAACAAACCAACUUAAUGUUGAUAUUUUGAAAGAUGUCAGCUCCAAUAUGUAACUCCCCCCUGAGAAAUUGUUCAGUUUGUGAUAGCGGUCAUAAAUGUGAUGCUUGUACUUGUGUGUUUUGUGUGAUUUGUUUAGUUAUUUUGUUAGACAAUCACAAAAUAAGAUACAAGCAUUGUAAAUGGACAGACUGGCAGACAUUUUGUGAUGUGUACAGUUUGUCAACUUCUUCCACUCUCGUUAAAAGUUUGUAAUUAUGAUUCUAAAGUUAUGAAAAUGCUGUUGGUUUUUACUUUUUGUUUUAUAUUCAAUUUGUUUUUGUUUUUUAAUAAAAAGCACUACGUUAUUGUGAAA